ACGAGUGAACACACGUCUGGUCGAAGAGGGAUCGUGCGCGAGUUUUUCAUCCACGUGCCGGCUUUGGGGAUCAGCUGGUGGUUUGGUGAGGUUCAGACUUGUUGGCGGAAGAACCUGAAGAAAGCGGAUUUGUGCUUCGUGGUGUGAUUUUCUUAAUUAGGCUCUGGUGGAUGCUUUGAAGGGAAGAACUUUGUGGAUAUUAGCAAGGAAGAAGUGUUGGUUGGGGGUGGUUUCAGUGCUUAAACGAUAUUUAAGUAUAAAAUAAAUUGAAUUAAUUAUGUUCAACGGGCGAUAAGCGAGCGAACUCGAUGAGGUCCGGAUGGUUUCUGUGGUCGAUUAAUGUAACGCUGGAGAAUUAUCCCAAUGUGGUUCGUUAAGAACUCCAUGGGCAACAACACACGGACUUACCGAUAAAACGGGACAAGUACAAGCGAAUUAAAUAAAUAUAUGCUGACAAACUGAGACUGACUGACUGCAGCAGCAGCUGCUUGCGAACGUCGUCGGUGGAACCGUUGAAACUAAGUUCUGCUUAAGCGCGCAGCUAGAAGUGAGUGCUGGAUUAGUGAAGAGCGUUGAGGCAGGGAAUGUCCAACGAGAAGAAUUGAGUCUACGAUCGCGCCGGACAAUAAAUAACUUGUUUGGAAUAUUAAAACUGUUCGAAGCUGGGCUUAACCGUGUAAUGGUUUUUAUGUGUUUAAAAUAUUAAUUUCACUAAUCGUGCUGGAAAUUACCUCCCCCAGAGUGACAGUUAGUUUCCAUUCUGAUAGUGUAAUUGCCGGUGAAGAUUACCUUCGUGGAAUCACGUAUACGGCGCAAACACUAAAGGGUAUCCCUCUAACCCAUUACCUACAACGAACUCUCCAAGAGAAACGAGGCCCCGGAACGAUACAGUGUUGACCGCGUAUCAAACCAACCAUCUGGAGAGGCAGGUCUUAAAGAUUUGAUGGCGCUGCCGAUGCAGCUGAAGAGGAAUUAGUUCUGCAGGGACGGCGUAGAGGGACGAUAAUCUAACCGAUUUAACGACCUUCACCGGGAACGUGGGACCUUUCGAGGGUGCCCUCUCGUUGGUUGAUGGUUAUCGGGAAGUGGCCGCCGCCACCGACUGGGGCCGUUUAGCUUCCAGAACCGGAGCAGUUGGAGCAGUGGAGAUUUUGUCGGAGCUGGAGAUCGUGUGAGGCAUCGUUAAUCAUGCCUGUUGCAACCAACUUCGACGACAGCCGAGCUGCCGGUAAAGAUGACUCCCAACUGGAACCAAGCUCAGCAGACCAGUGCGAUGUUAGUGGCAGCAGCUCCAAAUAAGGGGCAUCUCCGACGACGCUGGCAACACUGCUGCGUAGGAAUCAAAGCAAAUACCUAGUCUGGGUGGAGAGUUUUACGGGUGGCAAUUUGAGCUAAAGAGCUGUGGCAAUGAGCAAACAUCGACGCUGAACUGUUCAGGGAGUGGUGAAAUGUGGAGUUCCAGCUGAUAUGAGGCCGGUGAUUAAUGGAAACUCCUACCGGGGGGAAGUUUUCACACACAAAGUACGGCUCUAGUAUCAAGAUGGGACCUGCCUAAAAGCGUUACAGACCAAAACAACAGCGCAGUGCCAACUACAGUGCGGAGAUCUACCGAAGUUUCACGUUCGCGCGGGAUGAUACCUGGUGUUUAAAGUUUAAACCGAGAAGAAAGUCGUACCAAGGAAGAGGUUCCAUCUGCCCUAAGGCAGCGUUAGAGUGGCGGUUGUGUGUUGUGUGUGAAAAAUUGUAGGUGCGUGCGUGCGAGUAGGGAACUGGGCUGGAAAACGCUACAGAGCGCUACAGCGUCGAACAAGCUCGAAGAAGAAGUCCGGCAGAUCUACUCCACAUUCGUGCGACUGGCUCAACCCGUAGAGAGCCCUCGGUCCGUGGAAGUAUUAGGCGGAUAAAUAGUUUAUAAAUAAUUGAGAUAAAAAUGCCUUCCGGAUAUCGACCGAAUGGGAUCGUUCAUCCCACUAAUGGCCAUAUAAGUGAAUUUUCCGCUUACGACAACAAAGGAUUCCAAAGCAACGGUAUCCCGAAGGUGCGCUCCUGGAUGAACGGCGGCACCACGGUAGACCACACGCCCUCGACGCUGUCUCGACCCCGCUCAACCGAAAUCAUCUCGACGAAUGGCAUCGGCAACGGGCACACCCUCAACGGUGGCACUACCAUCCCGAACGGGCGCCACCACCACAAUGGGAUCAACGGGCACAACGGCAUCGGCAACGGGGGCGUCAACGGCGGACUGCUCAAUGGGGGUGGGAUGAACGGAGGGCUGGUGACCCGCGGACCGGGUGGACUGCACGAAGAUCUGGAAUUUCCACCGACCACGCGGACGCUCUCGAAGAAGAAGCAGAUUGUGUGGAUGAGACCGCAUGACAUGUGCGGACGACCUCAGUUUCGCAUCUCUCCACCGGGGACUCCGUUGACGGCACGGGAGCUUCCGGAACCGGUCGGACCGGGUGAUCCCAGCCUGCUAGCUGCCCUCGGGUGUUUGUCACAGCUGCCAAGGCUACUGGAAAGGGUUGUUCCUCCGGAGCAGACGUUCGAUACCUCCAACGGUUACUGUGGAAUGUUCAAAUUCCGUUUCUGGCAGUGGGGCAAAUGGAUCGAAGUUCGCGUGGACGACCGGCUACCGACGCGCGGAGAUCGUCCCGCCCACAUGCACUGCGCCCAGCCGGACAUCUUCUGGGCCGCCCUACUGGAGAAAGCUUAUGCCAAAUUGUACGGCGGUUACGCCUUCCUCAAGUUCGGAACGGUGGGACGCGCGCUGCAGGACUUGACCGGAGCGGUUGUCCAGAGCGUACCACCGAGUGGACCCCUGCUGGGAGGGGCCGUCCCGAGGUCAACCUUGCUGGUCGCAAUCAGUGGAGUGGAAAAGGAAACCAAACGGCGUCGAUCGGGCCUGCUGUCGGAGCAUCCCUACAGUGUAACGGGUCUGGCCAGGGUGCGGGCCAAUUCGUCCGAUUCUUCGCAGGCCAGUGGCCAGUCCGGGGACACCAGUUUGAUAAGGCUUCGAAGUCCGUGGAUCGGUGGCGAGUGGGGAGGAGUCUGGUGUGGGGCUUGGUCCGAGCGGAGCUGGGAGUGGAACGCGCUGAACGAGCGGGAUCGUGAACUGCUGUCUUCGCGAUCAUCGAACGACUGUGAGUUUUGGAUGGCGGUAAGUGAGUUUCUCUCGAGAUUCGUGGUUAUCUGGUUGGCGCACAUUGGUCCCGAUGAUUGGGCACUGGAACCUGGACUUCACACGAGAACUCCCUGGAGAGCUGCUCUGGCCGUUCGGCAGUGGCGUGCCGGAUUCAACGCCGGUGGACCACACAAAUUCAUCGAGACUACCGCCACGAAUCCCCAGUUCAGAAUACGGGUCCCAGCUGGACAUCCCGCCAAAGCUCACGUAGUGGUAGCCGUGUCUCAAAAGUACGAAUGCUACCGCAGUCGAAACUACGAGGACGAGGAGAUUGGCUUCACGAUCUACGAGGUACCGCCGGGGAUGCAACGGGUCACGCCGCAGUACGUCAGCGAGCAAAUGCCGCUGGAUUUUGCUCCACUGUCAAACUUGAGGGAAAUUGCAACCUUCUUUGCGCUACCGGCAGGAGACUUUGUAGUCAUGCCCCACUCGCAACAGCAUCGGGAAGGUCGUUUUCUGCUGAGGAUCUUCGCCGAUCAGCACACCGACGUGUGGGAGGUCAACGAAGAAAAUCUGGUCAUUCAGAACAUCGCGGCUGAGUUUUGCGACGAACGGACCAUCGACGCCCGAAUCCUCUACAAACUACGCACCCGCUACCCACACGAAAUCGACGCCACCCAGUUGCAGGCCAUUCUGAAGGCCCACGGUGGAAACAACCGCGGCUUUCGAGGUCUCGGUGGAAUCAACUGUGGCCCCUCGCUGGAACUCUGUCGAGGAAUGCUGGCCCUGCGAGAUCCUGCCCUCGGAGGGCGACUCUCGAUCGAGCACGUCCCGGCCCUCAUCGGACUGAUGCGCUUCUGGAAGGCCGCCUUCCGGCGAUGUGGUCCUUCGUCUUCCGGCACGGCCACCAUCAGUCGCGGCAUUUGGGCCUCGAAGGUUUCGUCGUACUGCUUGCGGGGACUGCUCUGGGCGGGGGGAUCUACCGCGAGCAACAAAGUGCUGGAAGCUCUGGUCAGCCGGUUUACCCGGAGCCGGCAGAUCACCCUGGAGGGGUAUCUGCUGUCGAUGGCGCGACUACAUCUGGCCCAUGAGCGCUACCACAGUUUGGAUGCCAAAGCAAAGGCAAGUCCUUUGUCGUUAGAAGAGAUGAUAUUGAUGACGAUCUACUCGUGAGAGCUACUACUGCAACCAUAAAAAACAACGAGUUGAAGAAGACCAAAGACACCGUGAAGAACCAGGAAAGAUGUAGCCGACAAGUUGGGAAAUAAUGCAAUAUCGAUAUUAUACAAAGUGUUUACACGCACUCCAAGUAAUGCACCGAGAAACGUCUUUUGACUAAACGUUGUGGAACCGAACCGAUUAGGGAGAAAGAUAUGUAUCACUUACUAAAAAGAGCGAGACUUUAAACAGUGAAAAUAAAACGGGAAGUUCUUUACUGACUAACAUUAAAAACGGAAAGUAUUAUUACAUUGGAAAUUUCCUUAAGAGCUAACGUCUAUAUAGUAAUUUAUACAAAUCCUAGUUGUAAGUGCCUGAAGUAACGUGUUAACAUCUAUUUUUAUAGCAAAAGUAUAUAAUAUAUGUUCAGAAUGAUCAGUUGUUAUUAUUGAAAAUAAAUGUUAUUUAAUUGGAAA